AUGUUCCGAGCUGCAGCUCCAGGGCAACUCUGGCGGGCGGCCUCAUUGCUACAAUUUCAAAGUACCCUGGUAAUAGCAGAGCAUGCAAAUGAUACCCUAGCACCCAUUACAUUAGAUACCGUUACUGUAGCCAAACGUGUUGGAGGUGAAGUGUCUUGCUUAGUAGCUGGAACCAAAUGUGACAAGGUGUUACAAGAUCUCUGCAAAGUAGCAGGUGUAGCAAAAGUUCUGGUGGCUCAGCUUGAUACAUACAAAGGCUUCCUUCCCGAAGAGCUGAAGCCAUUGAUUCUGGCAACUCUGAAGCAGUUCAAUUACAAACACAUCUGGGCAGGAGCAUCUGUCUUUGGAAAAAACCUUUUGCCCAGGAUAGCAGCCAAACUUGAUGUUGCCCAAAUUUCUGACAUCAUUGCAAUCAAGUCUCCUGACACAUUUGUGAGAACUAUUGAUGCAGGGAAUGCUUUAUGUACAGUGAAGUGUGAUGAGAAAGUGAAGGUAUUUUCUGUCAGAGGAACGUCUUUUGAAGCUGCAGCAACAAGUGGAGGUAGUGCCAGUUCAGAAAAGGCAUCAAGUCCUUCCCCAGUGGGGAUAGCAGAGUGGCUUGACCAGAAAUUAACCAAAAGUGAACGACCAGAGCUAACUGGUACCAAAGUGGUAGUAUCUGGUGGUUGGGGUUUGAAGAGCGGAGAGAACUUUAAGUUGUAUGAUUUGGCAGAUCAACUACAUGCUGCAGUUGGUGCUUCUCAUGGUGCUGUUGAUGCUGGCUUUGUUCCCAAUGACAUGCAAGUUGGACAGAUGGGGAAAAUAGUAGCACCAGAGCUUUAUAUUGCUGUAGGACUAUCUGGAGCCAUCCAACAUUUAGUUGGGAUGAAAGACAGCAAGACAAUUGUGGCUAUUAACAAAGACCCAGAAGCCCCAAUUUUUCAAGUGGCCGAUUAUGGAAUAGUUGCUGAUUUAUUUAAGGUAGUUACUGAAAUGACUGUGUUGUUGAAGAAGAAAUGAGUUACAGUUUUAAGAAGGAAAAUAUAUCAAAGUAUUCAGCUGAAAUAGAAAUUCAUGGCUAUUACAGUAAUCAUUGGAAAGUAUGGAGAACUACAUGUCAUAAUUUGAGA